CCCUCACUGAUGAUUUACCAUGGUUGGCAAGUGUUCUUCCGCUUUACGUUCGUGCCAUUUAUUUAAUGGCAGUGGAUGGCGUCACGUUCUAUUUUGCGCAGGCUUGAGUUAGGCAAAAGCUGAAGUAGUCUCUUAAAGGGGAAGUAGCAAAAACAAAACACCGUAGUGAAAAAAUGUCCCGGGGUACCCGGGAUCAGUAUGAACGGAGAUAUCACGUGACUGAUAGUCGGACCAACCCAAAGGGUUUCACUGAGUAUAUGGUGACAGCUGUGUUUAUAUCUAAGAAAAAUCCACAAGAUGUUAAAGAGGUGGUUGUGUGGAAACGAUACAGUGACUUUAAGAAACUUCAUGGGGAACUGUCUUACACUCACAGAAACCUUUUUCAACGCACUCAGGAGUUCCCAGCUUUCCCUCGUGCACAGGUUUUCGGGCGAUUUGAACCUCCAGUGAUUGAGGAGCGCAGACAGGCCGCAGAGCAGCUGCUGAAAUUCACCGUGGGCAUCCCAGCUCUCAAUAACAGCCCGCAGCUAAAGGAGUUUUUCAGGGAAGGAGAUGUCAUUUUGCAGUCAGACACUCCAGAUUCCAGAGACAUCCUGGUUUUGCCGGUUCCUCUUACCCCAGAGCCAGCAAGAAGUUCCUCUUUUGAAAUUAAAGAAGACAUCACAACUGAAUUACAAGCGGCGCUAGAUGCGCUAGAGGUGCCCGAAUAUGUUGAGGAUACGGUCAGUGACGAUCCUUCCCAGUUUGAUUUGCUGUUUGAUAUGAGCGAAGAAAAUAAUCAAGAAGAGGAAGCUCUCACUCGAAAUCCGUUAACGUCCAAUGACCUAGCGUUGUUUGACCCUUGCUAUACAGAAGAGCACUCGUCUGUGGAAUCUGGAGCAGCUUUAGAUUUAUUGUCCCUGGGUUGUGAAGAGGAGGAACAGAUCUCUCAUUUUCCACAGGAAGCAGAAGGAUUAGGAUACCUGUCUCAGGCGACAGAGGAAGUGCACAGAGCUAUGGCGAUGGAAUCUGCUGCAAAUUAUCCUGAAGCCUUCAAACUUUACCGCAACGCAGUAGACACUUUACUACGAGGGGUGAAAGAUGAGCAUUGCACGGCAAGACGUGAUGCUGUUACACGAAAAACUGCAGAGUAUCUUCGUCAUGCGGAGAGAAUCUUCCAAGAGCACAUGAGUGAGAACACAACCUGACCUGCUCUAAUUCAGCUGCAAUAUACAACAUCUCUUAUUUAAAUCCACACUCUGGAAAAACCCUGGAGGGAAAUGGAACUUUCAGCACUUUUAAAAACACUGCUCCGCUGUUAAUAAAUGGGAGUAACUUUCUAAGACAGAUGUAAGACAGUAAAAGCUGAUUUUCUUUACCUUUAAUAAGUAUUGGGUGCCGUACAAGUAGUCUGUAUUAAGAAAGCACAUUUGUAGCUAUGACAGGAUAGUUUUACCUUUAAAAACAGCUCUGUUAAAGGGAUAGAAAGGUCAAAGGUGGUUGCAUUUCAAUUUGAGAUAUAAGCAUGUUUGCCAUAUACUUCUAUUAGCAAAAGUGCUUCUAGUAAAAGUUAUUACUGUUUUUUUAGCUGCAUACGCAGAUAUCCUGAUGAGGGGCCGUGCACCAGUAUUCGAACACUACAUCUCAGAGAGCUGACAGUGGUGUGUAUUGCUUCUGAAGAUGUCAUUUGUGUCAUACAAACCACAGCUGACUCUCUGAAAAGACGUAGUGUUUUAAUACUCAUGGGAUAUGUGUGUAAUAACGUUUUAGCUCAUGGAAGUAUAUUACAAAAAUGCUUAUUUCAAAUUGAAAUGCACCCACACGCGUUUCAUUUUUUAAUUUUCUAUCCAUUUAAAGAGACAUUUAAUAUGAAUGCCAUCCAAAGGGAUAGAAGCAUUUUUUCCAAUAGACUUCCAUUAGCAAAAAUGCUUCUAGUAAAAGUUAUUACUAAUUUCCAGGGGCAUACACACACAUGCUGUGAGGGCCGUGCACCAGCACCUUUUCAGAGAGUCGGCAGUUGCUUGUAUGACACAAAUUAGGUCUUUCUAGACAGAAUACACAUCACCACCACUCUCUGAGCUUGAAUACCGGUGCACAGCUCUCAUAUAUGUGCAUAUGCCACUGGAAAAACACUGAUAACUUUUACUAGAAGUAUAUUGGAAAAAUGCUUCUAUUUAAAAUUCAAAUGCUCCCACACACAUUUCAGUUUUGUCCUUUCUAUCCCUUUAAGUCUAAAAAAAACCAACUGCAUUGUUGUAGUACUCACAAAAGCAAGCGCACACCACAUUCUGACUGCUUAUUAGUAUUUACCCCUGUCUGAAACUUCUGCCUUAAGGGGGCUGGGAUGUCUAUCGGAUGUUGUGUUAUGACCUUCUGAAAAGCGCGCAUGCACACAUAUAAUAUCCUCUCCUUUAAUAAAAUGGGGAACUCGUACUCAUAUUUGGAUAUGUGCAUAAAUAGUUUCAUAAAUGGGAAAAAAUACUUUAAAGGGACAGUCUACUUUAAAAAUUGUAUUGUUUAAAAAGAUAGAUAAUCCCUUUAUUACCCAUUCCCCAGUUUUGCAUAACCAACACAGUUAUAUUAAUAUAAAUUUUACCUCUGCGAUUACCGUGUAUCUAAGCCUCUGCAGACAGCCCCCUUAUGUCAGUUAUUUUGACAGACUUGCAUUUUAGCCAAUCAGUGCUGACUCAUAAAUAACUCCACAGGAGUAAGCACAAUGAUAUUUAUAUAGCACACAUGAAAUAGCACCGUCCAACUGUGAACAACUGUCAAAAUGCACUGAGAUAAGAGGCGGGCUUCAACAGCUUAGAAAUCAGUUUGAGCCUACAUAGGUUUAGCUUUCAACAAAGAAUACCAAGAAAACAAAGCAAAUUUGAGAUAAAAGUUAAUUGGAAAGUUGUUUAAAAUUGCAUGCCCUAUCUGAAUCAUGAAAGUUUAAUUUUGACUAGACUGUCCCUUUAACUAUAAUAAAUCAUUAGCUUUAUGUAAACGGCUUGGAUGCACUUCUCGUCUCAAAGCUGCACACUGUCUGCAAAUGUGUUGACGAACUUAGUUACCAUUCAACUGCUUCUGCGCAUGCGUUAUAAAGACGAACAUUAAAUGACGGCUGCGUAUAAAGAGACCCCUACAACAUGGUGACGCACUGCAAAUUGCAUAGGCGCCGAUUUGAGUAACAUUUUCAAUAGGAUGUAAUUAUAAGUUAAGCUGGAUACAUUUUCCAGUGCUCAGCAAUUUGUGGUGUGUGAUCAUCAAAAAUAAACAAUCUGUAACGCACAAACUACUUAUGUACGCCAACAACAAUUUAACAUUUACUGACCCGUUAAGCCAAAAAAACUAUUUUAUUUUUUUGUAAACUAGAAUAUUUCACUGUUCUUCUCAAAAAAAAAUUAUGUAUUAGCUAGGAGUGGGGAGCUUAAUACUUAGCAAUAUUAUAAGAUUUUCUGUUAUUUAAAAUGUUACUUAAAGGGACAUUAAACACUUUGAGAUGGUAAUAUAAAAUGAUAAAUCGUGUGUAUAUAUAUAUAUAUAUAUAUGUGUGUGUGUCUGCAAUAUACUUUCAUUGUUUAUUUUGUCCCCUUUUCCUGUCAUUCAAUUCUGAAAUUGUGAGCUUUUCAGUUCCUGUUAGAAAUGGAAGUGUAGAAUACUGUUAUAUACCAGACAACCAUCAGCUGUACACUCUAGUGACCUAUUUAUUAUUGUCCCUAAUUGGCCACAGCAGAGAAGGUAACCUAAGUUACAACAUGGCAGCUCCCAGUGUUUUAUAGACACUAAAACUUUACACUUAUUUUGUCACUGAUUAAACAACUAAUGAAACUUUAAAAAAUAAAUGAAAUCGUUCUUAACAGACUAAUCUUUCCUUUGAAUGCAUCAUUCUGUGUAGUAUUUAUUUAGUGUUUAAUGUCCCUUUAAACUAUUCAAAGCACAAAUUGAUUGCAUGGCUUAAUAUAAUUUGAUUUAAAGGAACAUGAAACACAUUUUUUUCUUUCAUGAUUCAGACAGAGCAUGUCAUUUUAAGCCAUUUUUCAAUUUAUUUUUGUUAUCUAAUUUGUUUCAGAAGCUGCUGAUUGGUGGCUGCAAAUACAAGUAUCUUGUCAUUGGCUUUCAGCAAACCCCCAGUAUUGCAUUUCUGCUCCUUCAACAAAGGAUACCUAGAGAAUGAAACAUUACAUAAUAGAAGUAAAUGUAAAAGUUGUUUAAAAUCAUAUGAUCUAUCAAAAACAUGAAAGAAAAUUUGGGUUUCAUGUCCUUUACUGAUAAUUUGUGCAACAUACAUUAAAAAAAUAAAUAUUAGCUCAUUUUAGCUUAAAGGGUCAUGAAACCCAAAAUAUUUUCUUUCAUGCUUCAGAUAGAGAAUAUAAUUUUAAGCAACACUCCAAUUUACUUCUGUUAUCUAAUUUGCUUCAUUCUUUAGGUAUCCUUUGUUGAAGAAAUAGCAAUGAACAUGAAUGAGCCAAUAGCAUGAGGCAUCUAUUUGCAGCCACCAAUCAGUAGCUACAGAGCAUAUAUAGAUAUACUUUUCAACAAUGUAUAUCAAGUGAAUGAAGCAAAUUAGUUAAUAUAACUAAACUGGAAUAUUGUUUAAAAUGAUAUGCUCUUUCUGAAUCGUGAAAGAAAAAAAUUGUGUUUCACGCCCCUUUAAUAUUGGCUUACAUUUUAGCCGGGUGAUUAGUAAAAUCAGCUGGGUGGUGCGUGAAUUAAAGGGACAGUCUACUCCAGAAUUGUUGUUGUUUAAAAACAUAGAUAAUCCCUUUAUUACCCAUUCCCCAGUUUUGCAUAAAUAACACAGUUAUAUUAAUACACUUUUUACCUCUGUAAUUACCUUGUAUCUAAGCCUCUGCAGACUGCCCCCUUAUUUCAGUUCUUUUGACAGACUUGUAUUUAAGCCAAUCGGUGCCCUCUCAUUUGUAACUUUACAGGCGUGGUUACAAUGUUAUUUGUAUGGCACACAUGAACUAACACCAUCUAGCUGUGAAAAACUGCCAAAUGCUUUAAAAUAAGGGGCGGACUUGAAGGGCUUAGAAAUUAGCAUAUGAGCCUACCUAGGUUUAGCUCUCAACAAAGAAUACCAAGAGAACAAAGCAAAUUUGAUGAUAAAAGUGAAUUGGAAAGUUGAUUUAAAAUUGCAUGCCCUAUCUGAAUCAUGAAAGUUUAAUCUUGACUAGACUGUCCCUUUAAAUACACAUUUGGUACUGAAUGGCUUGAACUAUUCUCAUGUAUUCACUCCCCAUGAGGCGUAUUUACUACCAUAGACUGAAGUUAUUGUUUGGGGGGGGGGGGUCUCAGUAAAACAUGUUUUUUCAAUGCUGCACUUUAAAAUAAAUAAAUAAAAGAA